AUGGUUCACGCCAUUGUUGACACAAUCAUGCCUUCGGCAACUAUUGUGGCGGGUCGCCCUCGCAGAAGCACCUUCCAAGAUAUCCCCGUUUCUUCGACCUCCCAUCCCGAUAACCCAAUCCCUGAAGAACCGCGCGGGGUAGAAUCCCUCUCAAUCACCGACUACACUUUCAAUGGUUCAUCAUCCUCGCAAGAUUCCGACUCCAAUGCCUCCAAUUCCCCCGCUACCCCCAUCACACCGCCAGAUACCCAGAAUGAGCAAGAAAACUCUCUGAAGACUAGUAGUACUGGCCGGCACCGACGAGCUUCGACCGUCUUGAUCUCUCAAAAUGCGGAGGAUAUGAGGAGAGUAUUGGAGAAUGUUGGAACUGGUGGUACACAGCAGAUUAAGUCCAUGUGCUGUGGAGGUGGUUGUUGCCGGGGCCGGCCUUUGGAGAUGGUCGAUGGUCCAAUUUCGGGCUUUAAUUCCAUCACCGCCCCCGAUAACAAGGCCUUUGCUAGUCUGGGCUUGAACUUGAACCUCCUCACGCUGGACAGUGAGCUGUCCAGCAUUGCCCCACUCCCCGAGAAGACGGUGUCUUUCUCGCCCGCCCCCGCAUCGCUUCAGGCUUUGCCCAUGGGGCCAUUGGAUCAUCCCCCACAAUUCGUGCAGCCGCAUCCUCCUUACGAGGUCUAUCGCGCGCCUCUCCAUCAUGCACGUGAGUUGACCAAGGGUGGCGCGGAGAAGCGCACAUAUCACUUUGACAUUGACGUCACUGACUACCCCGCCGAGAGUGGGAUGGUCGAUUUUGUUGUUGGAGGUGCGAUUGGUGUAUGUCCAAAGAACAAAGAUGAGGAAGUCGAAGAUGUUUUGAAUCUUCUGUGCGUACCGAAGUCUAUGCGAGAUAAGAAGGUUUUGAUGCGUACCACCACAGGCCGCUGGCCAACUAUUUGGGGUGACGACAAGCCACGAGAGUUGGUGACAACACGCCGUGAGGUACUGAGCUGGUGUUCAGAUAUUCAGAGUUAUGCCCCGACAAAGGCCCUCUUCCGACUUUUGGCUGAGUACACUACCGAGCAGAACCAGAAGAAGGUCCUUGAGUACCUUUCAUCAGCACAAGGCCAGGGUGCUUUCUGUGACCUUCGUACUAGCUCUCAUAUCAGCCUCUCUCAGUUGCUGCACGCCUUCCCAUCCUCUCAGCCUCCCCUCGAUUACCUUCUUUCUGUUCUCAACACUUUGAUGCCUCGAUUCUACUCCUUGUCCCAAGAUCCCAUGAUCUCUUGCCAGUUCAAGGGCACUGAAUGCCGCCGCUUGUGCGAAGUUGCCGUGACCGUCGCUGAGUCUGAUGACUGGCGGGGUGGCAACCGAACUGGUGUUGGAUCCGGCUACAUGGAGCAGCUUGCCCAACGUUUCAUCAAAGCCGAAGAGGCUGGCGAAAAGCUCGACGUUUACAUUCCCAUGUUCCGUGGUCUUAUGGCCAACCCACUCGCUACGCGCUUCGCCUCUGAUGGACCCAUGCUUCUAAUCGGUGCGGGUGUGGGCAUUGCUCCAUUCCGUGGAUUCGUUCAGCGUCGCCUGCAAUCUGCCAACUGUGCCAACAAGGUCUGGGUUCUUCAAGGUGUGCGUGACUCGCUACUUGAUGAGCUGUACAGUGGUGAGUGGGGUGUUCAUGAGGAUAAGGUUCGAACUGUCGUACAAAGCCGUCGCGGAGAGAGCCGCUAUGUCCAGGAAGAGGUCCGUCAUCAGGCCGAUCUGGUCUGGUAUGUGAUCAACGCCCUCGAUGGGCGUGUCUUCGUUUGCGGUAGCGGCAAGGGUAUGGGUGAGGGUGUUGAGGCUGCUCUUGUCGAAGUUGCAAUGGCCAAGGGCAACCUGAACUCCCAAGAAGCCGAGCUUUUCUGGCAGCGAAAGAAGGAAGCUGGCCAGUACAUUGCUGAAACUUGGUAA